AACAGAACAAAUUACCGAUAUUCAUCUGAACAGCCGAAGAUCAGUCAUGCACUCCAGGUCAGUCCACUUUGACCUCCUGCUGCUGCUGGGUGUGCUGCUUUUAUGGGGACCUUCAGAGUCCAGGGCCCAGAACGACACAGAGCCAAUCAUUCUUGAGGGGAAAUGUUUAGUCGUAUGUGACUCUACUCCUUCGUCCGAGCCGGCCGGGAACGCCCUUGGCAUGUCCGUCCGCUCCGGCUCUGGUCGGGUGGCCUUCUCGGUCAGUCGCCAGACCAAUCAUGAGCCCACGGACAUGAGCAACCGCACCAUGAUCAUCUAUUUUGAUAAUAUUUUGGUGAAUGUCGGCACUCACUUUGACCAAGAGAGUAGUGUCUUCCUGGCACCAAGGCGUGGAGUGUACAGCUUCAACUUCCAUGUUGUAAAGGCUUACAACAGACAAACUAUACAGGUCAGUCUGAUGGUGAAUGGCUGGCCGAUGAUUUCAGCCUUUGCUGGUGACCAGGACGUGACCAGAGAAGCAGCCACCAACGCCGGCCUGGUAAUUAUGGAGAAGGGGGAUAAGGCCUACCUCAGACUGGAGAGAGGUAACCUGAUGGGAGGCUGGAAGUACUCCACCUUCUCUGGGUUUCUCGUCUUCCCCUUGUGAGGAAGGUGAACGGAGAGCAGGCCAGCGUGCUCGUAAGGCUGAUAGGAGGAGGACUAGUCAGAAAGUGAUGGAACAGGGAGAGACAAGUUUCAAUCUAUAACUCAUUAUGACGCGCAUGGAAAAAAAAAUCAUAUUUUAUGCAAAAUGCAGAGAUGAUUGUGCAAAUUUCAAUUAUUUUCAAAUGAGGGGAACAAAGAACUAUGUUUGUGGAUUUGUUUUUGCUCUAUUUCUGUGUAUAAAUAUUAGAUGGGUUUGUUUCACAUAUAUUUUCAUUGUAAAAUUAUUAAGUGGCCAUGUGCAAUGUAGACUUCUGUGCAAAGACUACUGUGAGAGUAUCUCUGUCUUUAUUUAACAUGUUUGAACCAGUGCUGUGCGCCACAUGGCAGCCUGUGUAGCUUAAACCUGCCAAAUUUACCCUUUAAUCUGCUGUGCUGUUGUAUGCCUGUUAGUCUCCUGUUUAUUUACACAGAUAUUUCUAUUGAGGAGAAAGAUUGAAAUAAAAUACAAUGAAGUUGGAUUAUCAGAUAUUUCUUUCU